AAAAUGGCGGACGAUCUGCGUACGGGAAUCGGAUGGUGGCCCUGCAGUGCCGGGUAAAUGUGUAGUCCAUAUAAACAGCCGCUUCAGAGUCUCUGACGCUUUUUGUUUCAAGGCGACUCUACGCAUCCAUAUCCCACUUGUUGUUUUCCUAGCCAAGAAUGACAGAUCCCAGUGCUAAAAAAUAGCGGGGAAUGUGCCUUACCUAGGUAUCCCGGGUUGCAGGGGCAUUUAGCAGACACAGAUUCAGAUCCCUUCCAAGUGGACAGCUACAUGUAUAUGUCAGUGAGAAAAUUGAUUGCAGUACUGAUGAGGAAAUGCAGUUGAGGACACAAGAGCUUUGGUGAUGCCAGAAAGAGAUGAGUGCAGCAAUAUAAGUGCAGCUUCUACAAUAGUUCCUAUAUAGAGCGUAGAACCCACGUUUUUGAAGCCUUCGGUGCAUGAUGAUUCGCAGGAACAGGAACAUGCCGUCUCAUAGGAACAUGCUGUCACACAGGAACAUGCCGUCUCACAGGAACAUGCCGUCUCACAGGAACAUGCCGUCUCAUAGGAACAUGCCGUCUCACAGGAACAUGCUGUCACAGAGGAACAUGCCGUCUCACAGGAACAUGCUGUCACACAGGAACAUGCCGUCUCAUAGGAACAUGCUGUCACACAGGAACAUGCCGUCUCACAGGAACAUGCUGUCACAGAGGAACAUGCCGUCUCACAGGAACAUGCUGUCACAGAGGAACAUGCCGUCUCAUAGGAACAUGCUGUCACACAGGAACAUGCCGUCUCACAGGAACAUGCUGUCACAGAGGAACAUGCCGUCUCACAGGAACAUGCUGUCACACAGGAACAUGCCGUCUCACAGGAACAUGCUGUCACAGAGGAACAUGCCGUCUCACAGGAACAUGCUGUCACAGAGGAACAUGCCGUCUCACAGGAACAUGCUGUCACACAGGAACAUGCUGUCACACAGGAACAUGCCUUCUCAUAGGAACAUGCUGUCACACAGGAACAUGCUGUCACAGAGGAACAUGCCGUCUCACAGGAACAUGCUAUCACAGAGGAACAUGCCGUCUCACAGGAACAUGCUGUCACAGAGGAACAUGCCGUCUCCCAGGAACAUGCUGUCACAGAGGAACAUGCCGUCUCACAGGAACAUGCUGUCACACAGGAACAUGCCGUCUCACAGGAACAUGCUGUCACACAGGAACAUGCCGUCUCAUAGGAACAUGCUGUCACACAGGAACAUGCCGUCUCACAGGAACAUGCUGUCACAGAGGAACAUGCCGUCUCACAGGAAUAUGCCAUCUAAUAGGAACAUGCCACAGGAACAUGCCUCUCACAGGUACAUGCCAUCUCGCAGGAACAUGCCGUCUCACAGGAACAUGCCGUCUCAUAGGAACAUGCUGUCACACAGGAACAUGCCGUCUCACAGGAACAUGCUGUCACAGAGGAACAUGCCGUCUCACAGGAAUAUGCCAACUAAUAGGAACAUGCCACAGGAACAUGCCGUCUUACAGGAACAUGCCGUCUCGCAGGAACAUGCCGUCUCAUAGGAACAUGCUGUCACACAGGAACAUGCCGUCUCACAGGAACAUGCUGUCACAGAGGAACAUGCCGUCUCACAGGAAUAUGCCAUCUAAUAGGAACAUGCCACAGGAACAUGCCUCUCACAGGUACAUGCCAUCUCGCAGGAACAAGCUGUCUUACAGGAACAGCUGUCUCAGAUGAACAUGCCGUCUCACGGGAACUUGCUGUCUCACAGGAACAUGCCAUCUAAUAGGAACAUGCCAUCUCGCAGGAACAAGCCGUCUCACAGGAACAGCUGUCUCAGAGGAACAUGCUGUCACACAGGAACAUGCCAUCUCCAAGGAACAUGCAGGGCCCAGGAACAUGCCCAGUCCAAGGAACAAGCCUAAGUCCAUGCAACAGUCUGAGUCUGAGCAACAAGCCAAGUCCUACGAAAAUGCAGAGUCCCAAGAAAACUACAAGCCUAUAACUGUUACCUCAACAAAGGAUAAGCCAAAGAGUAAGAAGUGGAGUCAGACAAGAGAUUUAAGUCCAUGUCUAUGAAGUCUAGCGCUUGCAAGCAGGCAUCUGUGAGUGCGUUUGGUUCGAUAACUUCCCAAUUUAACGACGGAAUGACCCUCGCACUCAGCCAGUUUGGAGUUGUAAAGUUUGGAAUGGCUCCUGAUAGUGGGGAGAGCCAGAUGAAAAAGAGGAGACAAAAUCUCUCAAGCCUCCCGCCAUCGAGCAGCCAUUCCAGCAGCUUUUUUUUUCCUGUCCCGACGGACUCAACGUCAAGAACAUGCUGGAGAGUCACAUUGGCAUGCGCCUGUUGGCCGAGGACGAUCGCCGACUACUGGUACGCCAGAGUUACCCAUUCAAAACCGACGGGCAUCAGGCGUGUGAGGCGACCAGGAAGAAGUGCUGUACGCAGACGGGACAGUGAGCAUUCACACAGGUCACUGGGAGCUGCCACGUAGUCGUGAAAGUUCGCCACAAAGGCUCAACUCCGCCAAGAGCCAGCCAGACACGCCCUCCAAGGA